AUGCACCCAGAUGUCGCGCCCAGAAUCGUCUGGCAACAGCCCGCCAAAACGUCGACUUAUGAUAAGCUACUUUUACGAUGGAAGAAGCGACCCGCAAAAACGGUACCGCUUGAAUUCCAAUCACAGCCCGGCGUGGACCGUUCUCUCUGCGGAAUACCUCUACCAGUCAAUGAGCGAAAAGCUCUCGACUACUUCAAGGCGCGGUUGUGGCCGCUUCUUUCCACGGUCAAUGAGCCAUGUCCACCCCCGCUUGCGCUUGCUUUCCGCUCUCAGCCGGUCCUCCAAGCAUUGUGUGUAUUUGCAGAAGAACACCGCGCGCUUCAAGAAUCAACAACAUCCAACCAAAACAUCGAGAGGAGAAGACUGCAUUGCUUGUCCACCAUCCGCGACCAGCUGGGCGGCAAACAUUCCGAACGCGCUUCGCUCUCUGCCCUCCUGGUGGCAGUAUUACUGCUGUACUUUUCAGAAGGCUACGUCAAAUGUACCAAUGCCGAUGCUUCGACCCUCUGUCAUUUGGCAGGAGCAUUGGCCAUCAUUGAUGCGCUUGGAGGAUUUGAGUCCGCAUGGUCAACCUCCGAUAGGAUUACUAGGAUGUUACUCUCUGAACUGGCAUCUACGGAUUUAACAGAUGCCUUGCUCCAAGACAGAAGACCUUCUUUUCCCAUCACCAUCUGGGAACACAUGGAGGAGAGCUCUGUCUGGUGGGACACCGUACCUGGUACCAAAUCGCUUACCUCGGUCUUUUGCACCCUAGCUGAAAUGAGCUUCUACAGACAUGGACAACAGAAUGGAGCCGAAGCUUGUGUCGAAAAAGUCAAGUCGUUCGAACGAGCGCUCGAACCGACUUACCCUAUGAUGGACUACACGACUGGAAGUUACUCUGGAGAUGCAGGGAAAGAGCUAUUUGACCCUGGGGUAACCGCAUCAUUAUCCUUAGUUCGUGCUUUCCAACAUGCUGGCCUCAUAUAUCUCUACAGCGCCAUUUACAACAUGCCGACUAAACAUGUUCUUGUGCAACAGCAUGUCCACGCCUGCUUAGAGUGCAUACGAAGCAUGGGUGCCAGAUCGAAGGCUCAAAACUGUUCGCUUUUUCCGUUAUAUGUGGCUGGCGCACAUUCGAUCGUGGAUGAACACCGGAUGUAUGUUUUGGAGGCGCUCGAGAUCAUUCACAACAACUUGCGAUUCGAGUCGGUUCCGUCUAUUCGGAAAAACCUGGAGAUGUUGUGGCUACCUUCUCGUAACCCUACAACUUGGACCGAAAAUUUCAAAGAUGCUGCUGUUUGUACAUUAGUGAUAUAG